UUAAGUGUGUGUACAUAGGAAGGGGUGUGUGCAAAUUGAAGCUCCCAAACGGAGAUGAUGUGGAGGGUUGCGAUGGGGUUUGGAAACUGAAGAAGCCUGGUGGGUAACAACUCAAGCUCUGAAGGAAGGCAGGCAGGCAACAAAGAAUGAACAGAAAAUCGAAAGCAGAAAAAGAAGGAAGGAGGAAGGGGUGCGAUGGUGGUGGUGGUGGUGGUGGUGGUGGUGAUGAGGUAGAUUUGCUGCUGAGAGCGGCGGAGGACGAGUUGCUUCUCAACCUCAGCGUCAACUCUCACAUGUCUCGUGGUCUCUCCUCCUCGUCUUCUCCAUCUUCCUACAUCGACCCCGAUCUCGACCGUCGCUUCCAAGCCCUUCGAUCUUCUCGAUCACAGCCACCGUCCAAGAAGCAACCCCAACCACCACCACCAGAAACAAAAGCCGAUCACGAUCGAUCUUCUCGAUCACAGCCACCGUCCAAGAAGCAACCCCAACCACCACCACCAGAAACAAAAGCCGAUCACGAUGAUAAUCAGAAGAAAAGGGUUGUCUUCGAUAGCAGCAGCAGCAGCAACCACACCGAAGAUGAUCUGUUGGCUCGAUUCGCUGCUCUCAAGACCUCUUUCCCCAACAAGUCCAACGGUGGUGAUGAGCAAUCUAAUAAUCGAUCAACAAUUGCAAUUGCGAGUGAUGAUGGAGUAGAUGAGGAUGAUGAAGUGCAGAAGCUGAUCCAAUGGGCCAUUGACGCCGCUCGACUCGAUCCUUCUCCUCCCACCGAUUCCGAUGAUGACCCCACCAACAACAAUAUUGAUGAUGAUGAUGAUGAUGAUGAUGAUGAUAGCGACGACGACAGUGACAUUGACGAUCAUCAAAAGAAGAAGAAGAAGAAGAAGAAGAAGAAGAAGAAGGGGCAAAAGAUCAAGUAGAAAACACGUUUGUUUGUGCAGAAAUGUUUCAAUUUGAAGGAUUCCUUGUUAAAACUGGUUUAAUUAUAUUUUGAAUAUCUCUGUACCAAAAAUGGAUAUGAUUGAGAGUCUCAAAUUGAGUUCUGAUUGAAUAACCUACCUUACCUGCUAUUGUUCUGUAUACAAUGAGUGAAUUGUUAUAUGAAACCUAGCUCUAAUAAAGUCCCUUCAAAUUGCUUGUUUGUCC